AUGGACCCCAAAGUCGGAAUCGGCGUCUUCGUUUUCAACGCUGCAGGCAAAUUCGUCAUUGGCAAGCGAAAGGGGAGUCUUGGCGCCGGCACAUGGGGUUUACCAGGUGGACACCUCGAAUUCGGUGAAUCCUUCGAGUCAUGCGCGGCUCGUGAGACCCUUGAAGAAACAGGUCUGAAGAUUCAGGAUGUGCGAUUCCUCAAUGCCACGAAUUCAAUCAUGAAAGCAGAGAAUAAGCACUACAUUACCAUUUUCAUGGGAGGAGUCUGUGAGGAGAAUGCUGAUCCUCUAAUCCUUGAACCUGAGAAGUGUGAAGGAUGGGAAUGGAUCUCAUGGGAUGAGUUGCGGGUCUUUGGGGAGGAGGAGAUGAAGGCAGGUGCUGGGUUUCGGGGGAGAAGGCUUUUCUUGCCUCUUCUGGAAUUAUUUAGACAGCGACCGGAUUUUCGGGUCUAA